AUGUACAUUGCACAAAUUCAGGGCAGUCCAGCAAAAGAUGAAGACCAGAUUGACACAGGAAUAGGACCCAAGGCCUUCAAAGUGAAUCCAAACCACCUUUGGCAUCAGACGGAGUACAUCUUGGCAGCAGAAGAGGACCCGUCCUGUGCCACUGGCACAAUGCAGAAUGCUGUGUUUCACAGAGAGACAAUGGUUGUGCUCUAUUUUCAUCAUGACUGUGGAAUAAGUGACCUUGUUCCACAGGAAAUUCAGUCACGUCUUCUGGAAAAGAAGGAUUUGAAAAGCGAGCCCCAAGCAAAUUCCACCGCACCAUCUGGUGAUGGAAGGGCGGCGGCCAGUCCCAGCCCCCCGCACCGAGGCGAGCAGCAGUCAGCCCACACUGCUGCUUCUUCAUGGAUCGUGGACUGUGAGGCCAUGUGUGGAAUGCUGACUGCCCGCUCCCCAAGCUUGGAAACGAAAAACCAAAAUACCACAGCCCAUCGGACCAUUUCUGUGAGCUGUGACAUCCCAAGGUGUGGCUGUGAAAAAGAAAGAGAAGAACACGUAGAAAUUAAGAAGAGGACCACCAAUUACAUGGUGGUUCCGGAAGUGGGCAAGCUGCAAUCAGUGCAGAAGACAAAUGAGAACAUUAUCAUUAUAGGUGUAAUCAAAACUGUGACGAAUGUGCUUACCGAGUGUCAUCCAAUGGGAAGGCUGGCUCAGAGAAACAGAAUAUGGGUCUCCUUCCUGCUCAUUCGCCAGAACCGGAACUGCGCAACUUUUGACUCUUGUGCAAAGUCAAAUGAUCGUGAAAGCAUCCAAGACUCCUUGGAGAAACGGUUCCUCCUAGAGCUGAUCCUAGAAAGACACAGAGAUGGGCACCUGCUCUCGACGGGCUCAUGGACGCAGAUCCUCCCGUGGUCACUAGUAAAGUCAUUCCAAAAGGAAGGGAAACCUGGCUCUCGUGAUUUCUUCAUAUUUUCCCCACGACGUGAACUUGAGAAUGCCCCAACAGAGCGCCUCGCGCGGGACGGAAAGGACUGUGGCGGCGACGUGCCGAGUCCGGACCAGAAAGUGGACUGCACAGCUACUUCCAAAAGCCAGCUCUAUUCGGACUUGCACACCCCUGGGAGGUACGGCAGGGUGAUCCUCCUCUCGUCACCCGGGGACAAUGUUUUGCUCCAGGCCGAGGGGAUCCUGCAGACCCACCGAGCCGUACUGGAAAUGAAGGAUGGGAGGAACAGUUUUAUUGGACAUCAGCUGGGCGGGGUAGUGGAAGUGCCCAACAGCAAGGACCAGCGGGUCAAGUCUGCCAGAGCCAUUCAAAUCACCUACUACCUCCAGACCUAUGGCUCUGCCACCCAAGACCUCAUAGGGGAGAAGUGGGAGAAUGAGUUCUGUAAGCUCGUGGGGAAGCUCCAGGAGGAGCACCAAGACCUCCAGCUCUACCCUCUCGCAUCCUUCAGCCUCUGGAGAGACUUCCAUAAGACCAGCAUCCUUGCCAGAAGCAAGGUGCUGGUGAGCCUCGUGUUAGUCCUGACCACAGCCACACUCUCCAGCUCCAUGAAGGACUGUUUGCGCAGCAAGCCUUUCCUGGGCCUGCUGGGGGUCCUCACCGUGUGCAUCUCCCUGGUCACGGCAGCAGGGAUCUUCUUCAUCACGGACGGCAAGUACAACUCCACCCUGCUGGGAAUCCCGUUCUUCGCCAUGGGACAUGGGACGAAAGGUGUGUUUGAGCUUCUGUCUGGAUGGAGGAGAACUAAAGAGAAUUUGCCCUUUAAAGACAGGGUGGCAGAUGCCUACUCUGAUGUGAUGGUUACCUACACUAUGACCAGCUCCCUGUACUUCAUCACCUUUGGGAUGGGCGCAAGUCCUUUCACAAACAUAGAGGCUGUGAAAGUCUUCUGCCAGAACAUGUGUGUGUCUAUCCUGUUGAACUACUUCUACAUUUUCUCCUUCUUUGGCUCCUGCCUGGUCUUCGCUGGCCAACUAGAACAAAACCGCUAUCACAGCAUUUUCUGCUGCAAGAUCCCCUCUGCAGAGUACCUGGACCGCAAGCCCGCGUGGUUCCAGAUGGUGAUGAAUGAUGGACACCAGCAGACGUCCCACCAUGAGACGGAUCCCUACCAGCACCAUUUCAUCCAGCACUUCCUCCGAGAGCACUACAAUGAGUGGGUCACUAACAUCUACGUGAAGCCAUUUGUCGUCAUCCUCUAUCUCAUUUAUGCCUCCUUCUCCUUCAUGGGGUGUUUGCAGAUCAGUGAUGGAGCCAACAUCAUCAACCUCCUGGCCAGUGAUUCCCCGAGUGUUUCCUAUGCCACGGUUCAGCAGAAAUACUUCAGCAACUACAGCCCUGUGAUAGGGUUCUAUGUCUACGAGCCCCUCGAGUACUGGAACAGCAGCGUCCAAGAGGACCUCCGGAAGCUCUGCAGUGGCUUUACUACUGUGUCCUGGGUCGACCAGUACUACCAGUAUCUGAAAGCCAGUAACAUCAGUGCCAGCAACAAGAGUGACUUCAUCAGCGUCCUACAAAGCUCCUUUUUAAAAAAGCCAGAGUUCCAGCACUUUCGAAACGAUAUCAUCUUCUCCAAGGCGGGGGAUGAAAACAGUAUCAUUGCUUCCCGCUUGUACCUGGUGGCCAGGACCAGCAGAGACAAGCAGAAGGAAGUCAUCGAAGUGCUGGAAAAGCUGAGGCCCCUGUCACUUUCAAAGAGCAUCCGGUUCAUUGUGUUCAACCCCUCCUUUGUGUUCAUGGACCACUACAGCCUGUCUGUCACCGUGCCUGUGCUCAUUGCAGGAUUCAGUGUGCUGCUGCUGUUGAUCCUGACUUUUUUCCUAGUGAUCCACCCUUUGGGGAACUUCUGGCUCAUUCUUAGCGUCACCUCAAUUGAACUGGGCGUUCUGGGUUUAAUGACAUUGUGGAACGUGGACAUGGAUUGCGUCUCUAUCUUGUGCCUUAUCUACACUUUAAACUUCGCCAUUGACCACUGUGCACCCCUGCUUUACACAUUUGUGUUAGCCACUGAGCACACGCGAACACAAUGUAUAAAAAGCUCACUGCAAGAGCAUGGAACAGCCAUUUUGCAAAAUAUUACUUCUUUUCUUAUUGGGUUGGUCCCCCUCCUCUUUGUGCCUUCAAACCUGACCUUCACACUGUUCAAAUGCUUGCUGCUCACCGGGGGUUGCACACUUCUGCACUGUUUUGUUAUUUUACCUGUGUUCCUAACCUUUUUUCCUCCUUCCAAAAAGCACCACAAGAAAAAGAAACGUGCCAAACGAAAGGAGAGGGAAGAAGUUGAAUGCAUAGAAAUUCAAGAGAACCCCGAUCAUGUCACCACAGUCUGAGGGCAGAGUCCAACGGAUUAUUUUUAUUUUCCAGUAUUGCACAUGAUGCAGGAGGAGGAGCUCAGACCUCGGCUGCCUGGGCUGGCCAGGGGUAACAAGGCAAGUCAGAUGACAGCACCCCCAUGACAUGUAGUGUCUGCCUCAUGGGGCGGGAGAGAGAAUCCAGCAGGGGGAAUGUUCUUUACAACCUUGUUCUCCGUGAAAGAUAAAUCUGUGAACGCGAUCUUAGAGCUCUUCCAAGGAAUGGCAGAAGAAUCAACUGCUUUUAUUUAAA